UUGCUGAUGCUGCUAACUGGAUGUGCCUGGGGUCAAAAUGGCACCCUCAUGGACUCGUUACAUCACCUCAGAUUCACAACAUUAAUUAGUUUCAUACAGGUAGCUGGUCUUACAGACACUCUCAAUGGAAGAGGACCUUUCACCUUGUUCGCCCCAAACAAUCAUGCGUUUAUUGGACUGAAGCGUGACGUGUUUAACAGGAUGAAGAGUGACCCGUCCUUUCUCACGGCGAUCUUCAAGUACCACAUCGUGAACGGUAGCUCCAUUUCGUCCACCGAUCUGCAGGUGAACGAGAAGAUGAUCCCUUCAAUGGAAGGUCGCAGCAUUAGAUUGAACCACUUCCUACACAAUGGGCACUCGUUAGUUGGAGGGGUACGCCUGUACAACUCUGGGCAUAAUGCGACGAAUGGCGUCAUACACGAGAUAGGUGGCGUCAUGGUGCCCCCGGUCGGUAGCGUCGUCGAUGUCAUCAACAACGACCCCGAACUCAGUACGUUAAAGCUUGUGGUACAGAGCGCUGGGCUAACCAUGUUUUUGCAAGACCAAAAUCCAAUCACCAUGUUUGCACCAACAAACAGAGCCUUCCAAGAUCGAGGCGACAGUUUUGUCCAAGGUUUGAUCAAACAGCCAGCCCUACUCAGUACUCUUCUAAAGUAUCACAUGAUACCAGGCAGCCUAUGGGCUGAUGGCUUCCAUCAACAGAUGCUGGAGACUUUCGAUGCUAAUGAUAAACUAAGACUUCAUAGAUUCUAUUUUCUUGACUAUGAGGUAGAUAAUGCUCCGAUUGAAAUGAUGGACAUCUCGGCGACUAACGGUGUGGUGCACAAGAUCGGAGGUGUGUUGAUACCGAGUUCAAUACGCGACCAGGUGACGUCGUUGUAGUUGAGCUCGGCUCCAGCAACGAUGAUGACGAACCCGGCGCCGGCUGAUAACGCAGAGUUUUGUCCAAUAAACUAUCAAAGUUA